AGCUUCAAUUUUUUUCUUACAUCUAUUGGUCAAUUUUUUUUAGAAAUGUGAGUCUUUUUUUGCGUAAAGAAAUAUUUUCGGGAUAAGUUACGUAUUUUGUGAUUGAGGAAAAAGUUAUAGAGGUUGUAAAAAGUGAAAAUGAACGACGAAAGUGGAAAAGACGGUAGUUCGCCGGAAUCAGAGAUUGCGCGGUUAUCAUUCGAUAAGAACAAUGAUAAUGAUAAUGUCAAUGUUGGUGAUGCUAUUGAAGAGGAUGCUAAGAGUACUUCGACGAUUACGGAAUUGAAUGUUGAUAGUAUCAAAGAUAACAGAUUUGAUGGGGCUGAAGAUACUGAAUUAGAAGUGAGUGCCAAAAAUUAUGGCAUUCCGAUUUUGGCGAAACAAGAAAGCUUUUCGGAGGAGAAGAAAAAGGGGAGGUUGAAGAACCCUUUCAAGGACCGGUUGUUCAAGAGGAAGAAGACUGGGAGCAUUGGGUCUCAACCUUCGAUAGACGAGAAUGAAACAGAGCCUACGAAGAGAACAGUCACAAACAAGUCCGUUGAAUACGACGAACCGAGUCAGGCUCCAGAGCAAAAAUUACCGGCAAUACCAGGAUCAAAUAUAAUCAAACUAUCAGGAUUAGGAGUAUUAGGUUCAUCAUUCGAAGUCGGCGACGACGAGGAUCAAGAUUCGGAUCAAGUUCCGGUGAAGAAAAUGAUGAAAAAGAAGAAAACUUCACUGGUUCGCCGGCUGAGUUUGAACAAAUUUCGGCUGAGUUCAACCGAGCAGAUCCCUGAAGUUCGACAAACUCCAGAGGGUGACAGUAGUCGCUCCCAAUCUUCCCAGGAAUCGCCGAGCCAUGAGGACUCCAUUAAGACUAAAUCGGCAUCAUCAGGAUCUGGAUCGAUCGCCAAAAAAGGGUACAGUAAGUUCGAGGAUAAAUCGCAUUUGGCUGAAACACAAAAGGGUAGGGAUAAUAAUAAAUCAAAGUCGGUGGAGAGGCGCAGUUCGAGCGGUACGUGGGGGCAAAGAGAGAAGGGAUUACUCACGACAACUACAACGAGUGAACGACGUAUAGACGACCCUCAUCGACGACGACACAAACCAUCUGAGAACUCGUCUACUGACAAAACAGUCACCACUGUUACAACUGUUCUGCAAAGAAGGUCCCCGUCUGUUACCAUAAGGACGAGCUUCAUUGAACCGGACCUUCCACCAGUCGGCCAAGAGUCGCCUCGAUCAGUCUCAACCCUUCCGUCCGCAGUGUCCAAAUGGCCUGAGACAAAAGGACCGCCUAAGAAGUCGAAAUUCCCCUCAAAACUCGACCGGGAGUCAGGAUUAAAAGAGUUCAAGCCGGGCGAAUCACCGCCCCUGGAAGCUAAGCGAAAAUUAUCGUUGGUGAAGGAAAAGCGGGCAAUAUUCCAGCGAAAGUACUUCGAAACAUCAGAAGUUGGUUACUCACAGGACAAUUCAUUGGACACGGUAGUCGGAAAUGUUGGUGCUGGUAUCAGUGACUCGAUAACUUUUUCAGAUAAUGCAAUUUCUAUUGACAAUGACGACAUAGAUUUAAACAAACGCAAGCCCUCCCGUCAUAUCAGUGUGCGCACAUUUGAUUCAUUUUCGACAACUUUCAAGGAGUCAGUUGAAGAGCAGGAUCCACCAGUUGAAGAAGAUCAGCUUCACAGCAUAGACAUCACUGAUCACAACAACAGAACGCUUGCUUCUCUUGAAGACCAAAACUAUUCUUCGACUUCAAUGGCGGUUAGUAGUGCAGAAAGUAUUGAAAUUCAAAGAAGAUUCAGCGGCGAUACCACGUCGACACAUAAUAACGCGCCUAAUAGCGGCGUAACUGAAAAACGUGAGCAUCUAUACAAAAUCCUGGUUAUCGGUGAACUAGGAGCUGGAAAGACAUCAAUCAUCAAAAGAUAUGUCCACCAGUUUUUCUCACAACACUAUCGUGCGACAAUAGGCGUGGAUUUCGCCCUGAAAGUACUCAAUUGGGACCCAAAUACAAUUAUAAGACUUCAACUAUGGGAUAUUGCCGGCCAAGAAAGAUUUGGAAACAUGACGCGAGUUUAUUACAAAGAAGCCGUAGGUGCCUUUAUCGUAUUCGACGUAACAAGAAGCGCGACAUUGGACGCUGUCGUUAAAUGGAAACAAGACUUAGACUCAAAAGUACAAUUACCCGACGGAUCUCCCAUUCCGUGUGUGUUAUUAGCGAAUAAGUGCGACCAGUCCAAAGAAGGUCUCGCAAAUUCUCCAGGAAAAAUGGACGACUACUGCAAGGAAAAAAAUUUUGUUGGCUGGUUUGAGACUUCUGCUAAAGAGAAUAUUAAUAUCGAAGAAGCAGCGCGUUUCCUCGUCAAUAAAAUUCUUCAAAACGACCAAAUAAUGAAAGGAAACGGAGCUCAAGAUCAAGUUGACGGAGAACGAUUUGCAUUAAAUCAAUCACCGACUGGUUCCAAAAAAUCUUGCGCAUGCUGACGAAAUGUAAUUAUUAUAACAAUUCAAUUCAUUAUUAUUAUUAUCAUUAGUAUUAGUAGUGAUGCUAAUGAUUAAUAAUAAUUAACUAUCCGGCCAAAUUGGGACAUACGAAUUAACUUAAAGACUGUUCCAUUUGCUACUAUAUUUUAUAAUAAUAAUGAUAAUUAUUAUGAUUAAUAUUAAUAAUUAAUUGUUAAUAUGACUAUUUAAAUGAUUAUUGAAUGACAAUGUGCAACUUUAAUAUUUUUUGCACGUCGGAAUAAUGAAAAUUUAUUAAUUACGAAAUAUCCGUUUUUUUCGAUUGUUUUUAACGCUUUGGUACCAGUGAAAGAAAUUUUUAAUUAUUUAUUAUUAAUAAUUAUCAUGAAAAUUAUUCGUAUAAUGUAAAAAAAUCGCAUAAAGUUAAAAUUAAAAAAAAAAUUAAUAUUUUCCUCGGAACAUUUACUGCAAGGAUUUGCGCAUGCGCGAAUUGAGUUCCAUAAUUCCAUAAUUGUGCAUGCGCAGUUUUGAAUUUUAGUUCUGUGAAAAAACUACUCAUGAAUGUGAGUUCUAUCUUAAAAAAAAUUUUUUUAGUUAGAGAUUAUAAAAUUUUAAAGUUUUUUUGAAUAAUAAU